CUGGCCGCUGCUGUGAGGGCACUGCUGCCACCUCAGGGGAACAAAGCUGAGUUAAAAUGACACCAAAAUGGGGUAACACAGCCCAAGGUCUGUGAGUUAGUGGCACUGCCUCUGAGUCUGUCUUCAGUGCAUGAUUUUAGGUGUUGAGCUGCUCAAGCUGAGUAACAAAAUGGAGGGAAAGCUGUUUGAUUGCCUGAGAGCUGGCAGCGCCAUUGGAGCACACAGCCCAGAGCAAAGGAGGGAUAAAGAGGAUAAUAACCGUACUAGCUUCACCAGCCCAUGGAGAGAACAGCUGAAGAGCAUGUGAAAUUGCUGUGAUGAAUAGCAGAAGAGGGGAAGGCUUCUUGCAGUGAGAGAGAUCUAAGCAACAAAGGCCAGGAGAGGAAAACAGGACCUUGCCCAUGGAAAUGCUUUUGUGGUUCAAAGGCCAGAUCACAGAACAUCUUCUCUGGUGCUUUCAGGGGCUGCUUGAAUGUGAGUUCCAGCUGCACUGGCUCCCAAAAAGGCAAAGAAGAAGAUAGAAGGUGGUUCCAAUGUUUUCUCUAUGUUUGAACAAACCCAGAUCCAGGAGUUCAAAGAGGCUUUUACCAUCAUGGAUCAGAACAGGGACGGCUUUAUUGACAAAGCAGAUUUGAGAGACACAUUUGCUGCACUAGGUCGUCUGAAUGUCAAGAAUGAAGAGCUUGAAGACAUGGUGAAGGAGGCGCCAGGCCCUAUUAACUUCACUGUCUUCCUUACUAUGUUUGGGGAAAAGCUGAAAGGCACGGACCCAGAAGAAACCAUUCUGAAUGCUUUUAAGAUUUUCGACCCAGAAGGAAAAGGCCGCAUAAAGGCAGACUACAUCAAAGAAAUGCUCAUGACACAGGCAGACCGGUUCAGUCAAGAAGAGAUCAACCAGAUGUUUGCUGCUUUCCCUCCAGAUGUCUCUGGGAACCUUGACUAUAAGAACCUGUGCUAUGUUAUCACCCACGGUGAGGAGAAAGACUGAGAACAAAGAGAGGAGCUCCUGUGCUGAUGCACCCACUUAUUUCAUGAUGCUCUUGUGUACAAGACAAAGGGCUAAGCAUCCAGGAUGUGAAGCCGUGUGGUCAUUGGAAGAGAACAAAUAAAAUAAUUGAAAAUAGA